AUGGGGGGCUCGUUAAGAGGGCACUGCCUGGGAGGAACGAGGUCAAAGCGGCGCUGCGGGGAACUGGACCGCCGUGGCAGCCGACAGAGCCCCUCUCGCCCUCUUUCCCCCGCAGUUCACAACGUGAAGCCAGAAUGCCUGGAUGCCUACAACAGCCUGACGGAGGAGGUGCUGCCCAAACUGCACUUGGACGCUGAUUACCCCUGCGACCUGGUGGGGAACUGGAACACGUGGUACGGCGAGCAGGACCAGGCAGUGCACCUCUGGCGCUUUUCGGGGGGGUACCCGGCCCUGAUGGACUGCAUGAACAAGCUGAAGCAGAACAAGGAGUACCUGGACUUCCGCAAGGAGCGCAGCCGCAUGCUGCUGUCCCGCAGGAACCAGCUGCUGCUGGAGUUCAGCUUCUGGAACGAGCCCCUGCCCCGCCAGGGGCCCAACAUCUACGAGCUCAGGACCUACAAGCUCAAGCCAGGGACCAUGAUCGAGUGGGGCAACAACUGGGCUCGGGCCAUUAAGUACCGGCAGGAGAACCAGGAGGCCGUGGGCGGCUUCUUCUCGCAGAUCGGGGAGCUGUACGUCGUGCACCACCUCUGGGCCUACAAGGACCUGCAGUCCCGCGAGGAGACGAGGAACGCGGCGUGGCGGAAACGGGGCUGGGACGAGAACGUCUACUACACGGUCCCGCUGAUCCGCACGAUGGAGUCACGGAUCAUGAUCCCGCUGAAGAUCUCCCCGCUGCAGUGACCGGACCCAUUCCGGGGGGGGCCAUAUGGGGCCGAGUCCCCGCGCCCCCAUCCCCGGCCCUAUAAGGGUGCUGCAGGGACCCAGCCCGGCGCUGGGGCAGCCCCGGAGUGCGCUGGGGUGCUGGGGAGGGGCUGCGGAGGCGGGGCAGCUGCUGUUAAUUACCGCUAAUGACGUGCUAAUGAGGGGCGGGACCAAUUAAAUAUUUAAUUGC